GUCUGACAGUAUUUCAGUGAGUGGAGCCAAGGGAGUCUAUAUUUUAUCAGUUAAUAUCAGCAUCAUCUCAAAUACUAUAUGCUAAUGUGGAAGUGCAAUAAUAAUAACAAUAUAAUCAUGUCAGAACUUGGUGCCAAAGCUUCCUCGAUGCCCAGAGCCCAGCCGCAAGCGCAAGGCUACCAGGAAGGCUGCAGGAGCUGAGAAGGAUACAGGGGCCAACAAGGGGCCCCUGCCAGAGUCUUGGAGGGUUGUGGAAGAAGCUGGAGCUGCUUAUCGUUCAGCCCUGGCUGACGAGCUGGCAGGACUAGGCAUGGUGGUGAGUAGAAGGCCCCAAUCCACCUCCCUGGGUACUACAGACUCCAGCCAGGCUCCUCCCCUCCUCUCCAUCUUCCUCCACCUCUCCUACAUCUCUGAUACUGGCUCUGUUACUGUGCCUUGCUAAGUCUGUUUCUUGCCUUAAGGUGACUGGUGGUGCGAAGAUGCUUCCCAUCCCCCAGACCAGCUACUGUGAGUCUUUGUUCAUUCAUGUAUCAACAUUUAAAUGAUCACCUUCUGUCAAGAGAAGGGAUCCACCAAUCACAUUGUGACUCAGCUCUUCCUCUAGGUGUUCUUCCAGCAAUCAAAAGUUCCUCUCGCCCAGUGGAACCAAUCAGAGCAUCGGCCUCUGAAACACUCGGGCCCCUGGGCUGCAGAGCCACACCAGAUGGAAGGGAGAGUGCGUACUCCUCUCCACCUCCGUCUCCACCUCCGUCUCCACCUCCGUCUCCACCUCCGUCUCCACCUCCGUUUCCACCUCCGUCUCUACCUCUGUCCACAUGUCGACCUGAGGCGCAGUCUCCAGGUUCUUCUCCACCUUCGACCUUGAAUGACCCUGUGACCCGGGAGACCACGCCCAGUCUUCUGUCAUUGGAGGAGACCGGGGACGAGCUUUCUGUGUUGGAGGCCAUGAUGUCACAUCCUCAUUGGAAAAUCAUCAACAGGGUCCUGUUGAGAAAGAACAAGAGCGUAGCUGAGCUGCAGGAGCGCUCGAAGGAGGUCAUGGAGUGGGUUCUCAAGGUGACCAACGAGGUGGUCCUGCCCGCCAUGGCCCUUUACCAGGUCCUCCACAUCCGCAAUACCAAGAUGGCCGCCCGCUGUCCGCCGCCAUCUCCUACAGCAGCUGUGACUCCCACAGUGACAGGUCCUCUUCCGCAGGGCUGCUGUCCCCAGCCAGGCCUGUCACUGGCUCUCUGA